CAUCCGCUGUUGUUGCCGCCGCCGUUGCCGCCAUCGCCGGAUCCGCCUAGCUUCAAAGCCCGGGCAUUUUCCAGGGAUCCGGAUUCCCAGCUACUGGCUGGAGUGCUCAGCAAAACACAGACGAAUGAUGUCUCAUUUUUCUUGUGAAGAUGAAGCUCUCUUGCAGCCUAUGCUCAGACAGUUAUUGCAAAGUGUCAAAGAGAAAAUCACAGGAGCACCAUCGGUAGAGUGUGCAGAAGAGAUUCUACUCCAUUUGGAAGAAACAGAUGAAAACUUUCAUAACUAUGAAUUUGUAAAAUAUCUUAGAGAAUAUAUCAGUAACAUCUUGGGGUCCGUAAUAGAAGAAGAAACUGAAAAAUGUACCUCAGCCCAAAAUCAGGGAGAAGGUUCAAAUUAUGACACUCUUGUACAGCAUGUUACUAAAAAGACUCGGGAAUCAAAGGAGUAUAGAGAAAUGAUGCAUUCUCUGAAGAAUGUCAUGAUGGUUGUGGUUGAAUCUCUGAUUAACAAAUUUGAAGAAGAUCAGAUGCGCUACAAAGAGAUGCAAAGAAAAGUAAAAACAGAACCACCCAACAGUUAUUAUGCAGAUAACUGUUCUGAUAGUGAUUCUUCCUUUAAUCAGAGUUACACUUUUAUGAAUCAAGAACAAUUACAGCUGCUUGUAGAAAGACUUGAUCCCAUGCAACCUAAGGAGGUGCGCCAAGAAGCCAUACAAACCUUGUGUUCUGCACCCCCAUCUGAUAUUUUAAAUUGUGAGAGUUGGAGUAGCUUACAUAAACAUCUUGCAACAGCACUCUCAGAUCCUGAUUCCAGUUUCAGUGAUAAAGUCUUGAAAUUCUAUGCCAAGACAUUUUCCUCCUCUCCAUUAAAUAUGACAAGAGAACUCUAUACAAGCUUAGCAAAGUACUUAGAGGCGUACUUUCUUGCUGAAGAUAAUUACAUUCCUACUGUAUCAGUGGGUAUUGACAUAAGUAACCCAGACAUAAUACGUUUACUUAAAAAGAUGCGACUCCUAAAUGAAUACCAGAGGGAAGUCUCUUCUUUUUGGAUACGUCAUCCGGAAAAAUACAUGGAAGAAAUAAUGGAGAGUACUUUAUCCCUUCUGGCAGUAAAUCAUAAUUUAACUCAGACUAUUUCUUCCAAAUUUUGGGAUCCAGUAUACUUUUUGGCAUUGGUUGAUCUCAAGGCUGUGUGGUUUAAAAAAUGGAUGCAUGCCUACUACAGCAGAACGGUAGUGUUAAGGCUACUUGAAAAGAAAUAUAAAUCUUUGAUCAUUGCAACUGUUGAACAGUGUGCUUCAUAUUUGGAAGCUUGUGAACCAGCAAUGAAUGGAUCAGGAACGUUUAAUUCAUUUUCCACAUCACAUAAUAGUAAUAAACAAAAUAAUUUCUACACAGGAAAAGAAUUGCAAUAUAUUUAUUUUGUUCAUUCCCUGAGCCUCUUAGGCAGAUUGUUAAUAUAUAAACAAGGCAGAAGACUCUUUCCUAUUCAGCUGAAAAAUAGAAAAGAUCUGAUGACACUGACAGACCUCAUCAUAAUGUUUACUCGUCUCAUUUAUUGUUCCCCAAAUUGCCCCAAACCCCUUACUGUGCAUUCAGGCAAUUAUUCUCCAGCUGGCCUCAUUACUGAUAUACUCAGGGUCCUUUGUGAUCGAAAGGAAUGUGCCACUGAAUGUCUAUAUACGAAUACAGUGAUAGAGGAACUUCUUCAACCAGUACAUUAUUUACUGAAUGGAACAGAGGUGAAUUUGAAUUGUCCAGAAACAACUCUUACACAUAUAGCUGAUAUUUUGGCGCGAAUUGCUGCUGCAGAUGAUGGUCUUUCACUACUUCUUUAUGGAGGAGAAAAGCCCUCUGCCACAGAAAGCACGAGCCUUAGGGGUGCACAUGUAAUUGCCCAGUUUACAAAGAAGCUUCUUGAUGAAGAUAUUUCUGUUUUGUCUGGAUCUGAGAUGUUGCCAGUCCUCAAAGGGGCUUUCAUCUUUGUGUGCCGCCAGAUGUAUAGUACCUGCGAAGGCUUAGAGGUGCUGCUGCCUUAUCAGUUGCAUGAAUCUAUUGCCGAAGCUUGGAGAAAG